UUUCAUAUUUGAAGUGGUACCUGUUCAUUUCUUCUCUCCUAUAUAUAAAUUUGUCGGAAAUAUAUAGCAUCAAUUGAUCUCUUACCACAACCAUAAUCUAUCCACACAUUUCUUUUUUCUUUUCAACAAAUUAACUGAAUCCAUGGCAUCAUCUUCUUCUACUAGAUCGUUGCAGUUGACUCAACGGAAGUACGAUGUCUUUCUAAGUUUUAGAGGCGAAGAUACUCGCAGAAAUUUUACAAGUCACUUGUUUGAAGUUUUGAGGGACAGGGGAAUAUUCACCUUUCUAGAUGAUAAAAGGCUAGAGCAUGGUGAUUCGAUCCCGGAAGAACUCGUGAAAGCUAUUAAAGAUUCUCAAGUUGCUGUAAUUAUUUUCUCAAAGAAUUAUGCUACAUCGAGGUGGUGCUUGAAUGAAGUAGCGAAGAUCAUGGAAUGCAAGGAAAAAAAUGAACAAACUAUUAUACCAGUCUUCUAUAAUGUGGAUCCAUCACAUGUUCGAAGCCAAAGAGAGAGCUUUGCAGAAGCCUUUGCCAAACACGAAUCGAACUAUAAGGAUGAUGUUGAGGGAAUGCAAAAGGUGCAAGGAUGGAGGACAGCUUUAAGUGAAGUGGCCAAUCUCAAAGGCUGUGAUACCCGUGACAAGAUCGAAUCAGAAUGUAUUCGGGAUCUUGUUGAUCAAAUUUCGUCCAAAUUAUGCAAGACUUCUUUAUCUUAUUUGCAAAAUGUUGUGGGAAUAGAUACUCAUUUGGAGGAAGUAAAUUCCCUAAUAGCGAUAGAAACCGAUGAUGUCCGGAUUGUGGGGAUCUGGGGAAUGGGCGGAGCCGGUAAAACGACAAUAGCAAGAGCCAUUUUUGAUACUCUUUCUUAUCAAUUUGAAGCUGCUUCAUUUCUUGCGGAUAUUAAAGAAAAUGAAAAAAAGAAUCAACUACAUUCUUUACAAAAUACUCUUCUCUCUGAAUUGUUAAGAAGAAAAGUUGAUUACAUCAAUAAUAAGUACGAUGGGAAGUGCAUGAUUUCAAGCAGACUUAGUUCUAAGAAGGUGCUAAUUGUGCUUGAUGACAUAGAUGAAAGAGAUCAUUUGGAGUAUUUAGCAGAUGAUGUUGGUUGGUUUGGUAAUGGCAACAGAGUUGUUGUAACAACUAGAAAUAGAGAUCUGCUAGAGAAUGCUGAUGCAAUAUAUGAAGUGAAGCUAUUGCCUGAUCAUGAAGCUACACAAUUGUUUUAUCGGUAUGCUUUCAGAAAAGAAGUUCCAAGUGAGUGUUUUAAGAAGCUCUCCUUGGAGGUAGUAAAUCAUGCUAAAGGCCUUCCUUUAGCCCUCAAGGUGUGGGGUUCUUCGUUGCAUAAGAAAGACCUAACUCGGUGGGGAAGAACUGUAGACCAAAUAAAGAAAAACUCUAGUUCAGAAAUUGUUGAAAAACUCAAAAUAAGUUAUGAUGGGCUGGAGCCUGAAGAGCAAAAGAUAUUUUUAGAUAUGGCAUGUUUCUUCCGAGGAGAUAAAAAAGAAAAAGUCAUGCAAAUCCUUGAGAGCUGUGAUUUUGGAGCUGAAUAUGGAUUGGAUGUCCUAAUUGACAAAUCUCUUGUGUUCUUAACUGAAUUUGAUGCGAUUGAAAUGCAUGACUUAAUACAAGAUAUGGGUAAAUAUAUAGUGAAUAUGCCAAAGGAUCCGGGAGAACGUAGCAGACUAUGGGACGCUAAAGAUAUCAAAGAAGUGAUUGUUGACAAUACGGGGACGAAGGUAGUGGAAGCAAUCUGGCUUGAUUAUCAAGUACACUUAUGCUUUAGCAAAAAGGCCAUGAAGAAGAUGAAAAUGCUUAGGAUAUUAUAUAUGGGGUUCAGCAUGUGGUCCUCAGACUCUUCUCGUGAUGGCUCCAUUGAGUACUUGUCCAACAACUUGCGUUGGUUUUACUGGUGUCGUUAUCCUUGGGAAUCAUUGCCAACUAAAUUUGAACCCAAAAAGCUUGUUCAUCUGGAACUCCGUCGUAGUGAACUGCGUCAGUUAUGGAAGGAAAAAAAGAUGUAUUUUCCGCGUCUGCGAACGCUAGAUCUCUGCGGAUCUGAAAACCUGAUGGAAACACCAGAUUUCAGGGAGAUGCCAAAUUUAGAGUAUUUGAAUCUACAGGGAUGUAGGAGUCUUGAAGAGAUUGACGAUUCCCUGGGGUAUUGCGAAAAACUCAUUGAGUUAGAUUUAGGUUGUUGUUUAAGGCUUAAGAGGUUUCCAUGUGUUAACGUGGAAUACGAAUAUCUGGAUCUAUAUCGUUGCUUUAGUUUAGAAAUAUUUCCAGAGAUCAGGGGGAAAAGUAAGUCGGAGUUAGAGAUUUACAUGGGAUACUCUGGGAUAAGGGAACUACCAUCAUUUAUUCAGUACCUAACUCAUAUUACCGAGCUAGAUUUGAGCGGUAUGAAAAACCUUGUAGAUCUUCCAAGCAAGAUUGGCAUGUUGAUAAGCUUGGUGGAGCUAAAUGUGUCGAAUUGCUCAGAACUUGAAAGCUUGCCAGAAGAGAUAGGGGAUUUAGAAAACUUGGAGAAGCUUGAUGCUAACAAUACUCUAAUUUCACGACCUCCUUCUUCCAUCGUCCGCUUGAACAAGCUUAAAUUCUUGAGCUUUGAAAAAGCAAUAUUUGGAGAUGAGACAGAUAAAGAAAUAAUUGGAGAAGAGACAGGGGGCUUUGCGUUCCCUCAAGUGAAUGAAGGGUUACGCUCAUUGGAAACUUUGAAUCUCAGAUACUGCAAUCUAAUAGAUGAAGGACUUCCAGAAGACAUUGGAUGCUUAUCCUCUUUGGAAGAGUUGAAUCUCUGGGGAAAUAAUUUUGAGUAUUUGCCUCGAAGCAUAGCCCAAUUUGGUGCUCUUCGAUUCUUGGACGUAUCAUAUUGCGAGAGGCUUAAAGAGUCGCCAGGUUUCAUAGGGAUGCCAAAUUUAGAGACCUUGGAUCUGUCAAAUUGUAUGAAUCUUGAAGAGGUUCAUCAUUCCCUCGGAUUUCUCAAAAAGCUGUGGAGAUUAAAUUUAUGUAAUUGUAAACGGCUUAAGAGGUUUCCAGCUUUGUGCAUCGAUUCCCUAGUAUUUCUGGAUCUGAAGAGGUGCUCUAGUUUAGAAAAAUUUCCAGAAAUCCUUGGAAGCAUGUAUUUGCAGUUAGAGAGUGGGACAAGGUGCCUAGAUUUGGGCGGUUUAGAAAACCUUGUAACACUUCCGAGUAGCAUUGGUAUGUGGAAAAGCUUGGUGGGGCUAUAUUUGUGGGAUUGCUCAAAUCUUGAAAUCUUGCCGGAAGAGAUAGGAGAUUUAGAAAAUUUGGAGAAGCUUGAUGCCAGCAAUACUCUAAUCGGGCAACCUCCGCCUUCCCUCGUGCGCUUGAACAAGCUUAAAUUCUUGAUUUUUGAUAAACGAAAAUCAAAAGUAGGCCUCAAAGAUGGAGUGUGCUUUCUUUUCCCUCAAGUGAAUGACGGAUUACACUCAUUAAAAGAUCUAGAUCUCAGUUACUGCAAUUUAAUAGAUGGAGGACUUCCGGAAGACAUUGGAUCCUUAUCCUCUUUGGAAGAGUUGAAUCUCGGGGGAAAUAAUUUUGAGCAAUUGCCUCGAAGCAUAGCCCAACUUAGUGCUCUUCAAUCCUUGGACUUAUCAGAUUGCAAGAGGCUUAAAGAGUUACCGGAAUUUCCAUAACAAUUAGAUACAAUAUAUGCAAAUUGGAGCAAUGAUUGGAUCUGUAAUUCGUUGUUUCAGAAUAUCUCAUCAUUGCAACAUGACAUCUCUGCUUCAGAUUCCUUGUCACCAAGAGUGUUUACCACUAGGAGCAAUGUCCCAAGUUGGUUCCGCCAUCGGGGAACUGGUAGAAGUGUAUCAGUAAAUUUGCCUGAAAAUUGGUAUGUACCUGAUAACUUCUUGGGAUUUGCUGUAUGUUACUCCGGCAGAUUAAUUGAAACCACAGCUCAAUUAUUUCCCUUAUGUGAUGAUGGAGUGUCAUCAAUGACCCAGAAACUAACCUUAUCCAACCAUUCAGAAUGUGUAGAACCUAAGAUUCAUUUUUUCUUGGUAUCUUUUGCUGGCAAAUGGGGUAUGUCUAAGGCAAAUGGAAAAACACCAAAUGACUAUGGGCGCAUUAUGUUAUUUUUUGGAGAAAUGAAGGAUUUUGGACUUCGUUUGUUGUAUAAAGAUGAACCUGAGCUUGACGUCUUGUUACAAAUGAGUGAAAAUAGUGAUGAACUUGAGCUUGAGGCCUUGUUACAAAUGAGGGAAAACAAUGAUGAACCAACGGAACAUGGCAUUAUGACAAGGACAAGCAGAUAUGAGAAUAGUGAACACUAUGACUCCGUGAACAAUGAAGCCAGUUGCUCGUCACAAAUUGUCACAUUUCUAAUAUUCGUGGGAACUCUGUUUUUGAGAAUCUGCAGCAACGAGUGGCGUGACCAGUUUCUUCAGAAACUUUGA